ACCUUCGAUGAUAACAACAUCCUCGGAACUUCUUUGCCUGCAGAUUGGGCUCAACUCUGUGGGAGCGAGGAUAUGUGUGAUUUAGUGGAUAGCUCUAAUUAUCCUGGCGGUGUCUUCGUUAGCGGUCUCAUGUCGCCGAAUUUUGAUGGUUCGUGGAUGCUCGGUCAGACAGAGCAACAGUCUCUACAACUAGGUCAAGGUCAGCAACAAGAGGUACAGCAGGUUCAUACACCGCAGUCACUAUCGCUGUCCAAUUCGCCUUCCGACAAUGAGUCCAACAUAUCGUCGAAUCCCGAUGACCAAAUUCGAGCUCAAACCCCUGGCCCUUUGCACAAAACCAUUAUACCAAAUUACCUGACCAUUCGACGUAGAAGUUUAUCCGCCGACAACAUACACGCAUUGGCAAAAGCACAACAACAGGUGGCUAACCGCAAGGUCCUAUACCCUGCCCAACAACACACAGAACAGAUUUCAUUCGAUAGAACCGGUUUACCCAAGUCCACGGUUUCUCCUUCGACCAUGAGUUUUGAACAAAUGCAAUUUUUCCAAAACACAAAACAACAGGGUGUCCCGAUGCAAGAUGCCUGUGUCGUCAAAGUCGAAAAUCAAAAUGGCAACCAAAUCAGUAGUAAUGAUAGUAACGAAUGUGAUCCUAGUGGUCUUCAUCAACAGAAUAAUUCUCGAACUUCAAGCCCUUCACUACAGACCGCCGCAACCGCUCCCGUCACUCACCGCCCUCACUUGUCCAGAUCCGUGUCGCACCAACAGAUCGGUCCCAUCAACCAUGUGCAAAGACGCAACGAACUACAAGCCAGAUUUAAGGUUAAACUCGACAAGAGGAAUCAAAGGAGCAUGCCUAAUAUUCAACUGGCGGCUGCAGCCCAUGGCUCCAUGAUUCAAUCAUCAAGUUCGGUCCCUCUGAAAACGAACUCGUCCGGUGGAUCGGUUUCCGGCGCUGUGCCAAUAAUGGAGAUCUCAUCAUUGUCCACACCCACCACGCCAACUUUCCCCAACGAGAAGGUUGGUGCCGCUAAACCGACGCAAACGCUCGCCCCUCCACCACGUCGUGGUCACAUGCGCAAAAGAUCAUUGUCUGCACCCACGGCACCAUUUCCAAAUAUUGCACAACCAUUGCCAACCACCGUCUCCUUGCAAUCAACUACAACGUUUCCACUCAAUAUGUAUAACCGCAGCAGACCUAACGCUCUGCCCAUUCAAAUCCAACGGAACCCUAAGCACUCUCACACCACCACUACAAUGUCUUCAGAAGAAUAUCAACGCAAGUUGGAUGAAGAGCUCGAAAAGGUCGACUUCGACGACAUCACCGUGAGUGAGCUCAAGGAGAUGCUACGCCAGAGAGGGAAACCUGCAACUGGUAAAAAAGCAGUCUUGAUGCAAAGACUUCAAGAGGAAGUGGAGUAUGUCAAGGCCAUGAAAAACAAUGGUAAUCAACAGCUCAAGAACAAUAACACUCAAUUUUCUCAGAUGGUAUCAUCACCAACUUCUCCAUCUGGAGUCUCAUUGCAGAGAAGCAUUGCGAAUUUGCACAUAUCCAGUCCGCCCACCCAUUCUAGACGCUUUAGUCCAUAUGGAAGCGUCAGCAUUCCAGGCAGUCCCAGGAUGAUGCCCAGCGGGCUGGGUAAUGGGCGAUCUGGUUUCAGUGGAGGAAAUGUUACAUAUUCGGAAGGAGAGGAAUGGCAAUAUAACAUUGGAAUGCAGCCAUUAAUGUCGCACAAUAUAGAUGAACAAUCACAUUCGAUGAUGAUGAUGGGACCACAAUCGCAGCAGUCUCAAGAUAUGUACGGACAGCAACCUUCAUCUGCACCACCCACGACCACGGAAUUUGGUCCGACGUUCCAACAACCGUCGUCUUCCGCCUCGUCGAUGGCCACUGAAUUCGUCGAUUUCAUGAACCCCAUAUCUAUGAAUUUGAUGUCAAUAGGACCCGAUAUGAUGAGACUUAAUGUUUCCGACUCUGAUGAAUCGUUACUCAAAGAGACGGAUACAGAGAAUAAAUCUGGUGGAAAUUCGACGGAUCCGUUAGUUUCAUCGACGUCAAAUGAUGCCGUAACCGGGAUGCUUGCACAACAGACAUUGGAAUUCGGCUUUAAUUCGCAACAUCAACUACAAGGUGAACACAUGAUGAUAAAGUCCGAAGAUUUCCUCAACUAUUCACCGAUGUCCGCUCAACAUAUACCGAUGCAACUCGAGCUUCAGCAACAAGAUGGAAUGUCAUUUGGCGGGUGGUGA